GUGGCGGGUCCGCGCCGCCCUCCCGCCCAGGUGGGAGGGGUUUGGUCGCGCGGGCGAGGCGGCUGCGGAGGCGGCCCGCGGCUGGGCAGGCUGGGAUGGAGCAGAAGCGCUCCGGGCGCCGGGGGAUACGCCGCUGACAGAGCGCGCUGCAGCAUUCGCCUCGCUCGCCCGGCGGCAGCUGGCUUUCGCCGCGAUCCGCCAGACAGAGCGGGAAGCUCGGCCUGGUCGCGCACCGUCAGUCUCUGCAAACUCUUGCGGCGCGCGCCGGGCUCGGCACUCAACACCCGCUACCAUGGUCCGCAAGGCUCUUCUGGCGCUUUGCAUCCUGGCGGCAGGCCUGAGAGUCCAAAGCAUGCCCACCACAGCUUCCAAGCCAGUUUCUCUCCCAACAAAAAUCACCUCACCCACGGCCAUCUGGAUCAACUCCUCACAAAGCCUUUCUGCUGCCUCCAACAAAAGCUUCCCCAGCAACUCUAUCCUUCCAGUCACUGCAACAGCCCAGACCUCUCCAGUCUUCACUAAUGUCUCGAAAGAGCCCAAAGAAGAGAUCACCAGCACAGUCUUGAACUGGAAUGUUACAAGAACAAACCCCUCACCAACAAACAGUGGAGUCCAUGUAACAGCCACGUCCUUCAUGGAACUCACCUCAAGCCUUCCCAAUGCCAGUGUGCCAGCUACCACCAAAUCUUCCACACUCACCUCUCCUCAGGCCCUGGUCUCAUCACCCUCAUCUCUUUCAACCACACCACCAGAGGUGGCUUCUGCCUCUGUCAGCACCAACCACAGCUCUUCCACUGAGGCCAACACCAAGCCCACAGCAACUCCAACCAUGUCCAAAGCCCCAGCUACAUUCAAGGCUCCGACCACAUCCAAGGCCGCAACAGAGGAACACAGCUCUGGCCACACACCCUUUACACAUGCCACCACAGAGCCAGUGCCCACUGUGACAGUGCCCCAAACAACAGCCCAGACAACCCAAACAAUAGCCCAGACAACCCAAACAACGCUGUCAGUCGUGGUUACCUGUGGGAAAAUCGGUGUGGAGGUCACCAGCACCUCCCCUGGGGUGAUCAUGCAGGAAGUGGAACAUGCUCUCAGUUCAGGCAGCAUUGCUGCAAUCACUGUGACUGUCAUUGCCGUGGUGUUGUUGGUGUUUGGAGUGGCAGCCUAUCUGAAAAUCAGGCAUUCUUCGUAUGGAAGGCUUCUGGAUGAUCAUGACUACGGGUCCUGGGGAAACUACAACAACCCUCUGUACGAUGACUCCUAACAGGAACAUAGGCCAGGAUGAGGAGUAACUGUUCUUUAUUUAUAAGUGCUUAUCCAGUAGAAUUAAUAACAAGUAUCUGAUGCACAUUGAACGGCAAUCUUGAGCUCUGUUAUGUUGAUAUGAUUGUUUUGUUUUCCUCCUUCUCCUCUGGCUGCUACAACUUCCCCUUCUGAUACAAAAAGAAUCAUUGCUUUAAGUUGUGUGAAGACUGAUUUGCAGCUGAGAGAGCUCAACCUCAAGUGGGCCAGGCCAAACUACCACAGUGGAAACUCUUGGACCCACACAGGACCCACCUGGAGAAGCACUGAGGAAAUGUAAUUGAGCUGUUUUGAGGGGUUUACUUGUAGAAGAUUGUUUGUUUGUUUGUACAUUUUUAUUUGAACUUUUAUUUAGAAAACUCCAUUAAUUAGCAGUGAGGGAAAAGGAAACUAGUCCUGGGAGGAUUCUCCACUGCGUGUGAGGAAGCACGGUUUCUCCAGCUUCUUAAUAAUCUUUUCAUCUGGUUAUAUCUGACAGGAUGCCUGCUUGGCACUGCAAGCUGGCUUCCAGCACCUGUGCUGCCUAAUUAAUGAAAGAGAAACUAGAAAGUGCUCUGGAGGAGGCCUGUGUACCCAGGGGCGGGAUAGCAGAUUGCCUUCCACUUGUCCCAACCCCUUCUAUGCCCCCUGUCCACUGAGGGUGCCAGUGCUUGUCAUCCAGAGCUGCACCCCAGCCCCUAAGCUCUGAACACAACUCCGUGCCAUAAAAGAGAGAGAGAGAGAGAGAGAGAGAGAGAGAGAGAGAGAGAGAGAGACCUGUGAGCUGAGCUUAGUCCUAGACAGAAAGGCUGAGUGAGGCAUGUGGACUGAGCAAACAUUCAAUGAGGAGAGGGGAGGAGAGGAUGAGGGAGAGAGCUGACUAGCAUGGAGCACCUCAUUAGUCCUCAGUCACCUUCAAAGACAUCCACUGCUGGGAGGUGUCCAUAGAAUCCUUGCUUUCUAUCCACAAAACAACUGGUUUGCUGCUUUACUGUCUGCUGGAUAAUGGCUGCAAACUGUUUUCAUAACAAUCUUUUCUCAAAGAAGGCUCAAGUCUAGCUACAGCUGCUCAGCAAGAUAUUGCCAUUAGAAAUAGACACCGUGAUUAAUCUAUGUAUUCUUCCCACACUUUACUUACGAAUUCUGCCCUUUACUUAAUAGCCAUGGGUGUAUAAUCUUGGAAUCCUGUAUCUGAUUAUCUUUGCAGACGGUUAGUGGUUCCCACUCUACAGGCAAGUUUAUGUCCACACAGCUGCCUUCAUCUCCACAGGGGACAUCAGAAUGUGUCCACUCAGUUUUUCAUUUUCACAACUUGGGGUGCUUUUAAUGGGUAAAGACCAUGUUUGUACUGAACUUCCAAUAAAGCAUGUGUUGGAUAACGCAGGACAGCACAGAAUUGCCAGGUCCAAAAUGCUGGCAGUGCUGAGGUUAAGAAACCCUGAUUGAUUGCAGAGUCCAUUGUGACAAAGCAAGACACCCACAGACUGGUAACACUUUCUGUAUUUUUUAGUAAAUGAAAUUAUUUGUUCCAUUUUAUUUAACAAGUAUUUGGUUUCUUAACUAAUGUGUUGUUUGAGGCAUGUGUGGUUGAUUUUUUUAUUUCUAGCUACAAACCUGUCCUUUUACACAUAUUAACAACCAGGGUCAUGUUCUCUAAUUUCAUGUAGUAGAAACAUAUUUUGGGUCCAGUUUCAGAAAGUGUUCUGUUGUCCCACAGCAUUAUAGGGAAUUUGAAACUGGAUCAGUUUGUAUUUCUAAACUUGGACCUGCUGCCCAACUCUGUUGGCUUUAUAGAUACUUGACUCUCAGCUCUUUCAGCGACUCACAGUGGCCCAUAAGUACUGACAUGAAAACCACCAUCACAUGCUGCUGGUAGCCUCUCCAGAGUCAAAGGCACUAGUCUCUGGGCUUCUUCCCACAACCUGCCAUGCCAUCCACACUCUGAAAGAAAUCAUCCCUAAACUGCUUAGGUACCAGAGGAAAAAAGAGCAACUCUUGACAAGGAUUUUUACAGUGGCAGUAGCUAAUAUCAAGAAGUAUGACAGUUUUUAUUUUUUUUUUUGUAAAUGGACUUUCUCAGAAAAAAACAGUCAUGACCAACUAAAGAGGGGUACCCCACAGACUGAGCCUGGCCUGCAUCAUUGUCCCACUUCCUUAGCAUCAUCUCCUAGAUAGGAUUUCAGUUUAUCGAAGGAAUAUUAAAUAAUAAUAAUUAAACAGGACAUUUCAUAUCUUUUUUCCCCUCAGCAUAAACAUUUUGACAAAUUUCCCAUGCAAUACCUUUGGAGAGACAUGCUUUUGGAUGUUUCUCCAGUCAUAAAUAUUGGGUUUGAGGGUCCAGACUCUUCCCAGGGAUUCUUGACUAAUGACAAAUCACAGAUACAGCAGGCAGCUUUCUUUGUGAAAGGCUAUUGUGGUAGAUCUCUUCUUAUUUAGUUUUAAAUCCUUAUGGCAAAAAGAGGGAUAUAAACAUAAAGCAAAUUAUAUCCAAUAAGUUGACAGUGCCCAUAAACACUCUUAACAUUCAUGUUAUAUUUGUACAAAAAACCAACUUUGCCAAUGCAUUUUCUUUUCUAUUUUUGAGAUGGUCUAAGGGUUUGAGAAACUGAACUCAACAAACGCAACUUAAUGCAUGCACCCAAGUGAAUGCACCUCUGAAAAGCAUGCCGUAAUGAACACCCUUUACCUCAGAGAGAGUCUGAUCAAAUAUAAUCAUGGAAAAUGUUUCCAUUUUGCAGAAACAGUCACAUACUAUCCAGAGAUAGGGCUUGCCCCACAGUGUUAGAAUGUCAGAGCUAAGAAUAUGGGAAGGCAAUGGUCUCUUCUUGGCUAGAGACUGCAAAUGAUGACAAAAUGGGCAUCCACCUUGUUUUCUUUUCCUAUGACCCCAACCAAGUCUGCAGCCCUCCCUGGAUGUCUGUGUAUUUGUUUAAGUGGGUGAGAAAUUUUCAUAUUUACCUCACCCCAUGCUACCUCACAAAUGUGUUGUGAGGGUUUAUGAAAUGUUGACAGUGUUUUCAAUUUCCAGAGAAAAGUAUUUAUAAACAUUAUAAGUAUUUUAAGUAUUAAAUAUAUAUACAUAUACAUGAUCUUGGUUUCUUGUUUGCUAUUAUACUGGUAUGUUGUUCUUACUUCCAUUUAUUAAGUAACAGCUCUGUCACAGCCGUGUCAAACAGAUAUUACAGCCCCAGGCUACCCCCACCCAGUACACCUCAUUGAGCAUGGGGUUAACCGUGUCAGGAACCAUGGAGGAUGGUUUCCAUCUCCAAAUGGAAGGACGACCUGGAACAUGAGUUUCAUAUGCUCUUGAAUUGGGAUCCACAAGGUUAGGGUAAUACAGAAUGGAUACCUGGGCACCUAUGGCAGUAGACCUCUGGCCUUUACCUUCCUAACAUCUUCUGGCUUCUUUGUGGACCUGAUUUUGGUUUGAUGUCAUCUGUUUACUCUUCAUGUUGCUUUCAAGAAUAUAUGGUUCAAACUCUCACAUAUGGGAAAUGAAUUUUGCCACUGGGCCAAUGCAAAUUUGCAUGUUAAUUCACCUUCUUUGCCAUUAACCUCUUUUUGGCAAAUGAAUGUACCAUUUCAACUUUAAUUUUAAAGUGCUGGUGGAUAUUGGUAAUAAUGCUAAGAGACCAACAUCAGAUUGCUUUCUUGGGUAAGUUAGUCAACAUCAUCUAAAGAUGGAAAAAUAUGCAACUUCUUUGAUAUUUGAUGUUACUGUAUCUUCAUUUGUUGUAAGACAUGUUGCAUACCAGUUAUAAUUAUAUCAAUUAAAAUUUAUUAAAAGCUUGCAUCUGA